UGCACACACACAAGUGUCUGUUAGCCACUCACUCUAGGGACCCUCCCCUCCCAGAUGUGCUCAGAAUCACACUGGCCAUGGACGUACAAAACCCAACCAUCCAUCCAUCCAUCCAUCCACCCACCAACGACUGACUGACUGACUGACUGCCCAAUUGUCCUCUCUCUCCUGUUGUGCCCUCAUUGACCAUUUGAAGAAAGAUCCACCCCGUCUCUCUCCCUCUCUCUGCAUGGCAGACCUGCACUAGCUAUAGCUUGAGGUCAUCAAUCACUUUUUUCUUCAUCCGGGCGUCCCAGUCGUCCAAGUCAGCCCUGCUCGACACGUCGUCCUCUAUCCGCUCGAUGGCCUCCUGACGCUCACGAGAGACACCCUGCUGCUGCUGCUGCUGCUGUCGGCCAAUGGGGACGCGCCUCAUCUCAGACUGCCGCUGUCGGGUGAACCGGGGCAAGGUGGGUGCGGGGAACCGCUGCUGAUUGGCGGACAGGAAGGGCUGAGCGAAGGCUCGUAAGACGCCCAUCACAAACAUGCCUGACACACCCGCCACACACACCCACACACAUUCCCACAGAGGGGAUCCCAGGGGUCCGUCAUUGUCUGUCUGCAGCGGUGCAGUGCUAGCUACCGGUGAAGGCAGCUGUGCCGAAGAAAGCCGCCAUAGUGGCGAUUGUGCCGAAGGCUGCCACUGUGGUCAUGAUGAGCCCCCCGAAGAUGAAGGAGAACAGGGUGAGGGAGGCCACGAUGGCAAACAGGGAUAUGAUGGACGUGCCCAGGAAGGUGAAGACUGCCGACACCAACAGGCCGAUGAAAGAUGCGCUGAGCAAAAAGAGCUCCAAGGGAAGCUGAACGCACCAACGACAGACAGACCGACGCGAGAGACCAUCACAUCAACCAGUCAGUCAUCGUCCCUUCCUUGAGUGUGUUCUGUCGCUCCCGACCGUCAAGAGGUUGCCGAUGAGCGAGGUCACCACACCUCCCAUGAACAGCGGAUUCGCAUGCAUAACCGUCCUCCUCUGCGCCCCUUCUUCAAUGGAUCUCGCCUGUCCGUGGCCAUAGCCACUGACGUGCAGGUGCUGCUCAUUCACCAAUGGCGUCUUGCUCGGCCGUCGUGAAGGCAAAGAUGCUCUGCGGUGCAGCGGAGGCACGAAUGCCACAGAUCCAGGCGAUAAAGGACGAGCGGCGCCGGCAAGGGUCACCACGGAAAGAAGACAGCAAACCCGCAUUUCGAAGCUACGGUGCUAUUACCGGCUGCAGAAUCCACACAGGAAAAAAGUUCCUUCCGGCCCUAGG